AUGACUAAUUCAGUUGGUCGUAUUUAUCGUUAUGUUACUGAACGAAAAACACGAUCAGUAAAAUAUGAGUGGUUAAUUAAAGACUACAGUUUUUAUGGUAACGAAGUAUUAGAAUCUUCAACUUUUUCAUCUGGAAUGGCUGAAAUUCAAGAUGAAUGGACUCUUCAAAUGGAUUUACGUCCACAACCGGAUACCGAUGACGUAAAAAUAUUGUUAAAACUCAAGUCAUUGGAAAAUAAUCCUAAUUUCCUUGCCGUGUAUAACGUGUCGAUUCUAAGUUAUGAAACUAAGCAAAAAAAGCACACCUUUUUUGAAAGUCCGGAGGCUGUUAAAUUUUCAAUAAUUGAUUAUACAGAAGUUAGUUGUUCAUUUCAACGUUCAACUUUAAAAGAUUAUUCAUCAAAUGACACUUUGUUAAUUUCAUGUGAGUUGAAGACAUCAACAAAUGAACCAGUUGUAAAUCAACCAAUAAUGGCCAAUAUUUGUGAAAAUGUUGAUAUUGCUGAAAGACAUUUGAAAGAUACUUAUGCUGAGCUUUUGAAAAGUGGUAUAUCUAGUGAUGUCAUUAUCAAAGUCAAGACAAAAUCAUUUAAAGCAAUUAAAGGAAUUCUUGUUGCUCAUAGUCCAGUAUUCAGUGCCAUGUUUAAUCAUGAUGAGGUCAAAGAAAAUACAGAAAAUAAAGUUAUUGUUGAAGAUAUUGAUGAAGAUGUUUUUGAACAACUGUUGUAUUACAUGUACACAGGUGAGGUAAAGAAUAUUCAGGAUAUGCCAAUGGAUUUACUUAUUGCAGCUGAUAAAUAUCAGUUGGAUCAUCUCAAGAACCAGUGUGAGGAAACUCUUCUCAGUUCUAUUGAUACUGAAAAAGCAGCAGAAUUUUUUGUAUUUGCUGAAAAAAAUAAUGCUGAAAACUUGAAACAUGGAACGAUAAAGUUUAUUAAAUCUCAUCUGCAGAAAUCGAUGACUAGCAAAACAUUUACAAAAAUGCAAAAAGAAGAAAGCCGUUUUCUUUGCAGGCUGCUUCAGUACUUUGAUGGUAGUGAAUAA